GAGGAGCAAGAGAAGAGGUGGGGGAUGGCGAGGCAUUUCAGGCCACGGCCCUGGCCCUUCCAGAAAGGUGGCGUCCCGAUCGAAUCCGUCACGUCUGCAUCGGCGACCCGGCAGCGACAGGGGCUGUAGCCACAGUGUGCUGUCUCCGCCACAGCCCCGGCGAGACCCCGCUCCGUCCACACGGCCGUACCUCCUCCUCCGUCCUCUCCCUCCGCUCGCCCGCCCCGAGCGUGGCCGCUAUAAAUACCUCCUCGCCCCUCCUCCUCCUCCUCCUCCUUCCCUCUCAUCUCCCAUUGCAUUCGCCGCAUGUGCAUCCGCGCACCGUUGCUGCACGCUCCCAAAUCCAUAGCCCUGCGGAUUGAUUCCUCGCCUGGCGUCUUGACGGGUUGAUCCGCCCCUGCGCGUGGCGCGUGCACCUACGCGAGCAUGAGUUUGGUUCUUCCUCCUGGCUUCUGCUGCCUUCUCUAGGGCUCGCGCUCUCUCUUUGCGGGCCUUGUGCGCGCGCGAUCGAGCUUUGUUGUUGAUGCUCAUCUAGCCACCUAAAGAGAGGAGAUCGGCCGUUCCGCGGGAUCGGAGAAAGGGAAGGAGCCGCGCACCGAAUUGAGAACACGCACGUUUCAGGUAUUGAGACGCCAAGAUGGUUAAUUUCGGUAAGAGGUUGAUGGCGGACCAAUUGGAGGAGUGGAAAGAAUACUAUAUUAACUACAAGAUGAUGAAGAAAAAGGUAAAACUGUAUGUCCAGCAGACACAAACUGGUGGAAAAAAUCGCGACCAAGUUCUUAAGGAGUUCUCAAGGAUGCUUGAUGACCAGAUUGAAAAGAUUGUGCUCUUUCUUCUGCAACAACAAGGUCAUCUUUCUAGCAGGAUCGAGAAUUUGGGAGAACAGCGUGCCGAGCUUGUGGAACACUCUCAUGUAUCCCAAAUUUGUCAAUUACGAGAGGCUUACAGGGAAGUUGGAUAUGAUCUCGUGAAGCUCCUUAGAUUUGUUGAUAUGAAUGCUACUGGUAUCCGGAAAAUACUAAAGAAGUUUGAUAAGCGCUUUGGCUAUAAGUUUACGGAUUAUUACGUCUCUACUCGUGCAAACCAUCCUUAUUCUCAGAUUCAGCAGAUCUUCAAGCAAGUGGGGGUUGUGGCCGUUGUUGGUGCUUUGUCACGCAACCUUGCGUAUCUGCAAGAUCAUCAAGGAAGUUUUUCAUCCAUCUAUGAUCACCCAUCAAUUACCUUCAAGGACCCUGUCAUCGAACAAAUAAAUCAUUCAGUACAGAAACUCACACACUCCACAAACUUCCUGGAAUUCUUAGGACAACACGCUCUUAUCGUUCCAGAGGAUAUGCAAAGUGGCUCAGAUCUUGUUGAUGACCAGAGCUACCAUUUCCUCUCACUACUGCUCAACUUAGUGAACACAUUUCUUUAUAUGGUGAACACAUAUAUCAUCGUGCCAACUGCAGAUGACUAUUCAGUAAGCCUCGGCGCUGCAGCAACUGUCUGCGGUGUGAUUAUCGGAUCGAUGGCAGUUGCUCAAAUCUUCUCCUCAGUCUAUUUCAGUGCCUGGUCGAAUAAGUCAUACUUCAGGCCCCUCGUAUUCAGCAGCAUUAUGUUAUUUUUUGGGAACCUGUUGUAUGCUUUGGCGUAUGAUCUGAGUUCCUUGACUGUUCUCAUAGUUGGCCGGCUGCUGUGCGGCUUGGGUUCUGCCAGAGCCGUGAACCGUCGGUACAUCAGCGACUGUGUACCUCUGAAAAUCAGGUUGCAGGCAUCUGCAGGAUUUGUCAGUGCUAGCGCUCUUGGAAUGGCAUGCGGUCCUGCUCUUGCCGGUUUGCUGCAGACGAAGUUUAAGAUAUAUGGGCUCACAUUCAAUCAGAACACCUUGCCUGGGUGGGUCAUGUGCCUCGCUUGGCUUGCGUAUUUGUUCUGGUUGUGGCUUUCAUUCAAAGAGCCGGGUCACAUUGCUAGACAGAAUUCAGUCAACACUCUGUCAUCUGAUUCUGGCCAUCGAGUAAGCGGUAAUUUGGAGGAUGGCCUACGACAGACUUUGCUCAUAGAUGCAAAGGAGAGACAUGAUGAAAAUGGUGAGGACAAUGACAACAACGAAGAAGACCCUGAAGACUCUCAUAAACCCGCGGCAUCACUUGCUGCAGCAUACAGAUUGCUCACACCAUCUGUGAAGGUUCAGUUAUUGAUCUACUUUAUGCUUAAGUUCGCCAUGGAAAUUCUACUCUCGGAGUCGAGUGUUGUCACCACAUUCUAUUUUAAGUGGACAACUAGUACUGUGGCAAUCUUUCUAGCUGUUCUUGGCCUGACGGUUCUUCCUGUUAAUGUCAUCGUCGGAAGCUAUAUUACCAAUUUGUUUCAGGACAGGCAAAUUCUGGUGGCCUCCGAGAUCAUGGUGUUGAUUGGCAUAGUCAUGAGCUUCUGUUUCACGCCUCACUACUCCGUCCCACAAUACGUCUUGUCAGCUCUCAUAACUUUCGUAUUCGCUGAGGUGCUCGAAGGAGUCAACCUGUCCCUCCUCUCCAGAGUGAUGUCGUCGAGGCUCUCCCGCGGAACCUACAACGGCGGGUUGCUCUCGACGGAGGCCGGAACGCUGGCCCGUGUCGCCGCCGACAUGACGAUCACCGCCGCGGGUUAUCUGGGGCAGAGCCGCCUCCUGAACGCCACCCUGCUCCCGUCAUUGGUGAUCUGCGUAGCCUCCAUCGUUGCGACGUUCUGUACCUACAAUUCCCUCUACUGAGGAGCGAGGAACCACUCGAUCUCUCCUUGUACACGAUUGUCGAGUUGGGGAGCUGCUGGCUUGUGUCUCGCAACGGCGCUGUAAAUUUUCAGGAUGCUGCUGCUGCUAGUGUAAGCUGUUGAUGGUCCGUUUAAGGAAGCCUGUAGCAUUUCAAACUUGCAACUGCUGUAACAUGGACUUGUUAAAUAAACUGUAUCACCGA